AGAGGAUGCGUCAUAAUGAUAAUCAGAAUAUGUUGAUCAGGCUAUUUUACAAAGUGGAAAAAUUUCUUUAAAUCGAGAAAAAUGGAGAGUGAGAGUACAAGCAGUGUGUCUACUAGUGACAGCAUGGAACAGUCAGUUGGAAGAGAACCCGGGACAGUGACCGAAUCCCUUAGAGCAAUGUUUAACAACGGCGAAAUAUCAGACAUCUCCUUCAAGUUUCCGAACGAGUCAUCGGAGGAGAAAUCUGUCCUAAGAGCACAUAAACUGAUCCUUGCUAUUCGAAGUCCAGUUUUUAAAGCCAUGUUUUACGGUACUCUCCAGGAAGUGGGCCAAGUUGUAAAUAUCGAGGACAUCUCCUACGACAUUUUCAGAACUCUGCUGAGGUUCAUCUACACAGAUAAAAUAAAGCUUGAAGGGGACACAGUUAUUCCGACUUUACAUGCUGCACAGAAAUACCAGAUCCCCGCCUUGGUAAAUCAAUGCCAGUCUUUCCUAGAAGCUGCGGUCGAUAGUGACAAUGCCUGUGUUAUAUUUAGUCAAGCCAAGCUGUUUGAUCUGAAAGAACUUGAAACAAACGUGCUAAGAUUCAUAGAGUUCAACACCACAGAGUGCUUGCAGUCAGAUGGCUUUCUGUCUCUAAGCAAGGAUAACUUGCGAGAAGUUCUUAAGAAUGGGAAAUUCUGUACCUCGGAAGAAAAUCUUGUCAAAGCUACCCUUCGAUGGGCAGAGGAAGAAUGCAAGCGUAGAGAACUGGAACCUACUGGAGAAAACAUGAGAAAAUCUCUUGGAGACAAUCUUUACUUGCUUAGAGUACCUUUACUUUCCCUAGAAACCUUUUCUAAUCUGCUUGUUGCUACGGAAGUCUUAAAUGAAACAGAACAGUUAGAUUUAUACAAAUAUUUCACGCUACAUAAAUUCGAAGGAGGUGCCGAAAAAUUUCAGAAAGGUGCUAGGUUUGAAAAUGCUCCAACCGAAGUCAAGGUUCAAAAUUUAUAUGGGGUACUGGGACAAAGAACUGCGGGUCUUGUUUGUAAGCAGAAAAUUUUGUUAAAAACUAGGUUCCCCGUCAAGUUGUGUCAAAUCAAACUCCUGCCUUUUCCGAGUAAAUCACUUGAUGUCAAUUUCUACCAGUAUCACCACAUGAACAAUUCCCACAAGUCAGAACAAGGCCCAGAGAUCAAAAUUAUUGUUUCGGAAGUUGAAGGUGAAGAGAAGAGUCAGACAAUUUAUGAAGGAUUGAGAAUGUCUACUAACUUGGCACCAAUCCCUUUGGAUUACAUUUUCUCGGCAGACCCUAAUUCCAAAGUUCAGCUUGUGGUUUCUGUCAGUUCUAAAUGCAGAGCCUGUGGUGUUGCCACAGCACCGUUUUACCAGACCGUUGUAAAGGAAGCGGGUCUCUCUAAAUAUAUCCCGAAGCGAAUUACGGUCUCAAAUGAGGCGGUGGAUAUGAUUCUUCAAGGUCACAGCGUUAUCGACAUUAUGACCUUCAUGAAAGAAUGACAAACAAUUGAAUUCAAUAAUGGUUAGUAAAACUGCAGUCUUGUGUAAACGUGCGAAAAUUUGUUUUUCACAUUUAAUAAACAGGUAGUUAAGCUUG